AUGAUUCAACCAGAAACGGAACUGGGCAAUACGAGAAAUAUUCAGGUCCCAAAAAUGCCGUCUCAAGUACGAAGCAACGAUGAAUCUGGGCAAGAUUUCAACAAAGGUUCAUCAGCUAGGCAUGGCGAAAGCCAUAAUGCAAGGCAGGAACCUUGGAUUCCUGAAAACCAAGAAUCUAACGGCCCUGCAGAAUUCAGUAAUCGUGCUGGUUCAAGAACAGGUGGUGGAAUACCUUUUCUGAGUGAAAAUUUUGCAGCGCAUGGAGCCCGAAAUCGGGCAGAAAUGAAUGAAGGUGGAUUCAACAGUGGUUUUGGUAAUAGUGGCGUUGGCUUUCUGGGCGGUGGGUUUGGCUUCCAGCAGAAUUCGGGUGUGAGCCUCCCGUUUGGUCUCGGUAAUAUCGGCGUUUCAUCAGGUGUUGGUGUUGGCAAGUGA